AUGUCGAUACAUGACACUUCAUCGCCGCAAGUACAAGAGCCGAAGCAGCCGCAAUUCGUCGGCCCGACGAGAUCCGCCUUUAGCUUGAAAGUCGCCGAGACAUCACUUACGAGAAUGGGUAUUUCGGCGCAGACCCCGCUCCCAUCCGGUGUAUGCGAGUCACUGGCACCCACCCGCUACCCGACGCCUGAACAGUCCGAGCCAGCACUCUCAGUUCCUGGAACAGAUGUGCUUCUUACCAUGCCUCUGGAUGAGGUCGUAAGAUUAUUAGAGGUUUUCCAGGAAGAGGUAGAGACGGUCUACCCGUUUCUCGAUACCGGAGAGCUAGUUUCAAAGGCUGCGGAAAUUAGGUGUUUCGUCGAAGACUCCUCAGAUCGACCGGCAACAGCUGGGCCGCCGGCUGUGGAUAUCAAAGAUGUCAUUCUAGCGAAAGUAGCCAUUGCCACGAGCAUUGUCGUCGAAGCCCACGGCAAGAACCACGCGAGCAAUAAGCUCGUAGAGCCACUAAAGCAUCUCAUAUAUCAGCUAUCGAUUGACGCCCAGGCUGAUCUGAAGGUCAUCCAGAUCAUGACUAUGAUUAGCAUUUACUACUUCUUCUCUGACGAAGAGCUUCUCGCAUGGAGAAACAUUGGUAUUGCAGCCCGAGCGGCACUGGAAAUGGGCCUGCACCAGAACCUGAGCCUCGUCGAGAACUUUCCAGACGAGCGAGAACGGGGUUUGGCAGUCCGUGUGUUUUGCCUGACGAGUUCCCCUACCUUCGAUGUUUGA